CGUGACGUCACACUCCUCCGCCGUUCAAACCCCGAGUGUGGCCGCCGCGUCAACACUCCCGCCAUUUAAACCCUCCGUCCGCCUUCCCCGGUGCACCAUGACUAGCCACGCUAAGGAGGAGCCCAAGAAGGAGAUCCCGGAGAUUAUCAAGAACCCUUCCACGGGCGCCAAAUACCAGCGGAGUAAAUUCUUGGGCAAGGGAGGAUUCGCAAGAUGUUACGAACUGACAGACAUGAAGACCAAGGAGAUAUUUGCCGGGAAGAUUGUGCCCAAGAGCCUCCUCCUGAAGCCCCACCAGAAGGAGAAGAUGACCCAGGAGAUCUGCAUCCACCGCAGCCUCAAGCACAAGCACCUCGUCUCCUUCCAUAGCUACUUUGAGGAUCCCGAUAACGUGUACAUCAUUCUGGAGCUGUGCCGCAGGAGGUCCAUGAUGGAGCUGCACAAGAGGCGGAAGGCCAUCACUGAGUCCGAGACGAGGUACUUCCUGAAGCAGCUGCUGCUUGGUGUGAAGCACCUGCACGACAACAAAAUCAUCCACCGGGACCUGAAGCUUGGCAACCUCUUCCUCAACGAUGAAAUGGAGCUCAAGAUUGGCGACUUUGGUCUGGCCACACGCAUCGACUAUGAGGGGGAGAGGAAGAGAACCCUGUGUGGCACUCCCAACUACAUUGCUCCUGAGAUCCUGUGCAAGAAGGGUCACAGCUAUGAAGUUGAUGUCUGGUCCAUUGGUUGUAUCCUGUAUACAAUGUUGGUGGGCAAGCCUCCAUUUGAGACCCAGACGCUGAAGGACACUUACCUGAGAAUUAAGAAGAACGAAUACCACAUCCCCUCCCGUGUCGGCCCCCUCGCUCGCUCUCUCAUCCAGAAACUGCUGCAGGCUGACCCUCUGCAGCGGCCCUGCGUCAGCAAGAUCAUCGAAGACGACUUCAUGACCAUGGGCUACAUCCCCUCCCGGCUGCCCACUUCCUGCCUCACCAUGGCCCCGAGGUUCGACUCUCACUGCGCUCUUGUGGCCACCAGGAAGCCUCUUCUGGAGAUCAACAACACAGGUACGCCACAGGGGGGUAGACCGAGGGGGGACACACCUGCUCAUGGCCGAGAUGGUUCUCCUGUGAAGAACAUACAGGAGUGCCUGAAGAAGGGUGACAGUGGACCCCGGGGUCACCCGCCUUCCCUUAGUUCUGCCAGCAGAGGGCAACAGCAGCAAUCAGCAGCACACCAGGAAGCAGCCCCCCAGCAGCCCAAGCACGAUGAACCCUCAGACUGCUACCUCAAGGACCUGUACAACCAGGUCAACUCCGUGGUCAUGUCCAAGCCUGAUGAGCGGGACAACGUCAACGAAGAGGAGAGCGAAGACCCGGCAGCAGUACCCAUGAUCUGGGUCAGCAAGUGGGUGGACUACAGUGACAAGUACGGCCUUGGCUACCAGCUCUGUGAUGACUCCAUCGGUGUGCUCUUCAACGACUUCACCAAACUGUUGCUGCUGGCUGAUGGAGAAAACAUCCACUACAUAGAGAGAUCCAACAUAGAACAUUACCAUCAGCUUAAGAAUUAUCCUGCGACUCUCAACAAGAAGGUAACUCUUCUCCGCUACUUCCGCAACUACAUGAACGAACACUUGUUGAAGGCCGCUGCAUCCAUGUGCCCACGAGAGGGAGACGAGCUGGCACGUAUCCCCUCCCUCCGCACCUACUUCAGGACACGCUCUGCCAUCAUCCUGCACCUCACCAACGGCACCCUCCAGAUCAACUUCUUUGAGGAUCACACCAAGAUCAUCCUGUGCCCUCUCAUGGGUGCUGUCACUUACAUUGAUGACAAGAGGAACUUCAAGACCUACCGAUUAGCCAGCCUGGAGAAGUAUGGAUGCCGGAAAGACUUAGCCAACCGCCUUCGUUAUGCCCGAAACAUCAUCCAGAAGUUGAUGGUGACCAAGUCCUCUGUGAAACCCUCCACGUCCACCACCACCACCACCACCACCACCGUCACCUCCCAAGAGUCCCAGCCCACCACAGCUUGAGGGGCUCACGCCACCCCAUGCUGACAUUCCCUUAUUUUCUACUAUUAUUUUAAUAUCUUGAAAUUAACUUUUUACAAUGUCCUCAGAUGCAGUGAGAAUUUUCUUAAUUUCAUUGGUGUUGAGCUUAUAAUGUCACAGAUGGUCUAAUUUUCUUUACCUAAUCUGUUUCAUAAGUAUAUGAAAUACUGAUAUAAAACUUCUUUCUUUCUCAGUUUGGUUCUCAAUGUUAUAAAUCUUAGCAGUCAUCUUGCAGAAAGUUUGCCACAAAAACAUUCAGCUUAGUCUUGCAAGAUGAAUAAUUAGACGAUCUGAAGCUUGAGUGUAUGCAUCCUGGAUGUUGUAAUCCAGAGCCAUUGUAUGGCUUAUCUACCCUUGCCACAAGUCACUUCUCUACUUGAUGCCAAAUAUAUGCUUAAUGGAACUGGAAUGUAUGUCCAAAGUGUGUUUGAGUCAAUGGAUCAUGAUGUGGUGUAGGCAUAGAAAACACAAAAGCAUAAUUGGCAAACACCUUCCCUUCCUCACUGCCUAUCUUUUCUAUACUUCUCUGACCCAAAUCUUUUGGUGUUGAAGUUCAACCCAUUUUAAUGAGUUGAGGGCCAGUUUUAGUUGAAUAAAAGUUACUUUUAGAUCCAACUGCAGCACAGACCUAGAGUUUAAAUAAUCUUCAUGUCUUCAUACUUUUAAAUAUGUUACAUUUUUCAUUAACCCUGAAACAUGAACACAGUAUGAAUCACAGUCUAAUAAACCAGUAAUUUAUUGGAGGAAGUUCAACAUAUUAUUGACUUGAAAGUGUUACCUGUAAUUAUGAUAAGUAUGGAUUUUUAAUAUUAUUUUCUUACAUUUUAUUUAAUUUAGAAGGUAAGACAAGAGUUUGUUCUGAACACAAUGUGGUUGACUGAGAGGUGCCAGUGAGGGCUGGUCUGUAUAUCAAUAUUUUGUUCAUGGAUGGAUUACGAUCCUGCACUGCUUCCCGACUGGAGGUUGUUCACUUGUUGACGGAGAUAAAUGUUAUAAAGUGAUUUUAAAGUAAGAUUGCUAGAAUGUGAUGAUUUUGUUUCUCUCUCUCUCUCUCUCUCUCUCUCUCUCUCUCUCUCUCUCUCUCUCUCUCUCUCUCUCUCUCCACCCCAUCCUCCCUCCAGCUCCCUCCCUCCCUAAGUGUCUAACCAUCAAUAUCCAUCUAGCUAUGUAUAGAUAGGUUUAUAGCUUACUUAACAAUGAAUGUAUAUAAUAUUAAUUAGUAGGUCGUAAUAUGUUUUGUACUUCCCAUUACAGAUAUACUGAUCAUACAUACUGGCUGUACUGACACAAAUAUACAACUCCCUCCCCACUUGCUGUCUCCUACUAUAAUUAGGAGGUAAACAACUGUAGCUCAUGUUAAGUUUUAGUCAUUGACAUUGUAAUCACGCUCAUCCUUCUCAUCCCUGCUGUGUGUGGUGCCACCGUCGGCUGGCACCCCAUACUGGUUCCUUUCCCAGCGUAUCACAGCUGUUAUGGGUGUAUAUACUCUGUGCAGUAAUAAAGUAUGUACGUCA